AUGGUUUUGCCUAUUAUUGUCGGUAUUGGAAUAACCACGAUUGCCGUGGUUGCUCGUUCUGGGCUACGAGCAUGGGAUAAGUACUGUCGCUUGACACCACUGAUGAUUGCGCAGUUUAAUAACAUUCAUAUUCCGUUUAAGGAUUUGGAUCAGUUUGGAUCAAAAUAUAGAACGAGAUUAUCUCCAGAACUAUUAACGAAAUUAGAUAGAUACCCGGGAGGGUUUUAUGACAAGAUGUCAGAGACCGAAGCAUUGCUGAUAUUGGGCAUUUCAGCCCGGGAGAUUGAAGCGCUCGAUGAAAGGUUGUUGAGACAGAAACAUCGAAGAGCGAUGAUUAUGAAUCAUCCAGAUAAAGGUGGAAGUCCGUUUAUCGCUUCCAAAAUCAACCAGGCAAGGGACCUCCUAGCAAAUAGUGUAAUACUAAAAGGACCACGUGAUUAA